AAUAGAAUAUUUAAGAGCUUUAAGAGAGACGAGAAAUAUCCAAUAAAAUAAUCAAACAAAAUUUACGCAACAUUUUUGUGUGUUUUUUAAAUUCUUUUCUGCUUGCACAUUCUUCGCACGCAACUUUAACAGCAUAUCUCUGCAGAGCUGAAGUGGGAAUUAAUUUGGAGGCAAAUCUUUCAAGGGUAUUUACGAGGAGAAGAAGAUGAGCUGGAGAUGCCAUGGCACCACCAACUCUGAAAUGGUUGCCAAAUUACUGGGUUCGUCUUGAAUUUGCUUUCAUAAUUACAUGCUUAUUAAUUUUGCUUAAUGUGGUUAAGGAUCAACAAUUAAUGAGCAUGGGAAUCUGCCCUUCUAAGGAUAGCAAUGCCAAUUCGAUGCUCGUUCACAGACUGCAAAAAUAUGGAGUUCUUAAUUCCAAAGUUGCAGCUGAUGCUAUGCGACAAAUUGAUCGAGCAGAUUAUGUUUUAGAAUCUAGAAAUGCAUAUGUUGACUCUCCACAACCAAUAGGUUACAGUGCAACUAUAUCUGCUCCUCAUAUGCAUGCUUACUGUCUUGAUUAUCUGUUGGAUCACCUGAAGCCGGGCAUGUCCGUGCUUGAUGUUGGCUCUGGUUCUGGAUACUUAUCAGCUGUUUUUGCUUUGAUGGUUGGGGAAAAUGGAAGAACUGUAGGAGUUGAACACAUUCCUCAGCUUGUAAAAAGAUCAGUUGAUUCGAUAAAGAAGGGACCUGCUGCUCAUCUGUUAGAGAAAGGGGCACUCUCCAUUCAUGUGGCAGAUGGGAAAAAGGGAUUUCCAGAUGCGGCACCCUAUGAUGCUAUCCAUGUAGGUGCUGCAGCAGCAGAACUGCCAAAAGCACUAGUAGAUCAGUUGAAGCCAGGAGGAAGAAUGGUUAUUCCAGUCGUUGAUAGCUUGAUGAUCAUUGACAAACUUGAGGACGGUACAAUUCAUGAACAUUCUGCAAUGGAUGUCAGAUAUGUUCCUCUUGUAUAAAUGAUGUGCCAUCAGUUAUCACUUUAUCAUCACUAGAAGGAAGAAAUUGCAGAAAGGGCUUUGUAAUCAAUGAAUACAACAUUAUGUGUGUGUGUGUGUAUAUAUAUAUAUAUUGCUGGAUUUUACGAGAGAAGAUAUUUUUCUUAUAUAGCUCUGGGUGUUGUAUGCGUUCUGCUGAAUAAUGCGUGUACAUAUAUUGUAGAUCAAAAUGUUCUAUCUUUCAUUAUAAUGAAACUUUGCCUGAAGCUGGAUGGUAAAGCGUCAAUUAAGUCAAA